CCCAGUGAUUUAACAGAAGAUGUCUGUGGACCUGUGUAUGCUGGUUUCCGAUUAAUGGAUUACGUACCAAUCUACAAGAUCCCUGUAGAAGUGGCCCUCAUGCACAAAGCUGCAGGCGGACCGGAGUCAGUCGGGAAGUUUGCCGCUGUCUCCCUCUUAGACUGGUACUAUCUGGACCAGGACCUUAUCUUAGUCACAGAAAGACCAGUUCCCUCUGAAGUCCUCACAACGUACCUUGAUUCCCAAGGAGGCAUUAUUGAGGAACAAGAGGCUAAGAAUUUCCUGAAUCAGUUGGUGGAUGCAACUGAUGAAAUGCACCAUAAAGGUGUGUUUCACCGGGACAUAAAAUCAGACAACAUCUUGGUUGAAAUUGGCUCCAGUGUCCCGUGUGUCCGCUUGGUGAACUUUGGAUGUGGCAGUUUUGUUCAGGAGAGACCCCACCAUACUUUCUCUGGUACCCUUGCAUGUGCUCCUCCAGAGUGGUAUGUACGUGGGGAAUACAAAGCUGGUCCCACUACAGUAUGGCAGCUGGGUGCACUGCUAUACCGUUUGCUGCUUUCUUAAGUUUUGUCUUUUUAGUACCAAAUUCCCUCAUUUCAGGCCAGUAAAGACAAAGACUACAGUGACCAGUGACCCUUUCAGUGUGUGCAUGUGGGUGAUGUAUUAUGACAGAUUUGAAAAUAAUCUGAAGCUCUCCUUUAAAGGAAUAGUUUG